AAACAAGAGGUGGAAAGUCAUCUUGAAGACAUUGAGCCAAGCGAUGGAAUUUUUCCAGAUGAUCGUAAAUUACAACCAUACGGCAAUUUAUUUUUUCUCCUUCAGACAGAACCACGCCAUAUUGCUAAUCUAUGUCGUCAUGUUAGUCUCACCGAAAUUGAUACUUUAUUACAAACUGUAAUGUUUACGCUGUAUGGGAAUCAAUAUGAGAGUAGAGAAGAGCAUUUACUGUUGACCAUGUUCCAGUCGGUGCUUUCUAAUCAAUUUGAACAAAUAAACGACUUCAAUUCGCUACUUCGUGCAAAUACCCCUGUCUCUCGCAUGAUGACAACAUACACCCGUCGAGGACCUGGUCAGAGUUAUUUAAAGUCGGUAUUAUCAGAGAGAAUUAACAAUCUGAUAGAACACAAAGAUUUAAACCUUGAAAUUAAUCCUCUAAAAAAACUUGAAGAAGAAAAUAAAUCAUUACCUGAAAAUCUUCCUCGCAGUGUAACGUCAGAAGUUGCUGCUGCGAAUCCUGAUGUUCAAGCUAUUAUAGCUCCUCGAAUAAAAAUGUUAAUGGAGAUUGCAAAUUCUUUCCUCCAAACAAUAAUAGACUCUAUAGAUCAGACUCCUUAUGGUAUUCGAUGGAUUUGCAAACAAAUUCGGUCGUUAACAAAAAGAAAAUAUGUUGAUUGUUCUGAAUAUGCCAUCUGCACGUUAAUUGGUGGAUUUUUCUUCCUCCGAUUCGUGAAUCCAGCGAUCGUUACUCCACAAGCAUAUAUGCUAGUAGAAG